AUGUCUGCAGCAGUACAUCAAUUUUUUUUAUUUUGUUUUCUUCUUCUAAUUAAUUCAACAAAAUCUUAUAAUUUAACUUCAUGUAUUCCAAAUACAUCAUGUCAAUGUUAUCUUACACAAUAUGCAUUUAUAUUAUCAAAUUGCUCACAUACAUUAUCUGAUGUACCAAUAUUUAAUUCAACUAUAACAAAAAUUAUUGCACGAAAUGCUUUUACACAAUGGCCAAGUCAAUUAUGUAAAUAUUCCAAAAUUCAAAUACUUGAUUUAAGUGGAUCCUAUUUCGAUUCUGAAUUCGUCGAUAUCUCAUGUUUAACUCAACUCAUACAUUUAAAUUUAAGUAAUACCAAAUUAACUAAAAUACCCAAUUUUCAUAAAAAUUUUUUAAAUUAUUUACAAAUACUUGAUUUAUCAAAUAAUAAUAUAAAAAUUCUUGAUGGUCUUGCUUUUCAAUCGUUAAAUUUAAUUUCAUUAUUAUUACAAAAUAAUCCAAUGGAAUCUAUUGAACAUUUAGAAAUUUUAUUCAAUUUAACAAAUGUUGAAUUAAUUAAUUUACAUUCAUCAAAUUUCGAUGUGACAUUAAAACAAUCGUUAACUAUUGAUCAAUGGAUUGAUAUAUCACAUCAAUGGGAGACUCCAAAAAAAAUAUUUACUAUUCGUAUGAAUGGUAUUCCAUUACAAAGAAUUAUACCAAAGCCAGAUCAAUUUCAAAUUAUUUCCGUUGAUGCAAUGAAAAAUAUUUUAAAAAUGUUUAUUAAUUCAACAUUUAUUAGUUUAGCGAAUACACCAAUAUGUAAUUGUGCUCAUCUUCGUAGUUAUCAACGAUAUUUCUCUUAUAUUGAUUAUCAAAAAAAAUAUUCAUCACCAUUAUUUCAAUCAACGAAAUGUCUUAUGCCAGAUGGAAGCACAUACGCACCUUUGUUUGAUCGUUUAACUUAUAUUAAUCUACGAUGUCCUCUAUUAAGCAAAAUCUCGUUUUUUCCUUUAUUAACAAGUUCAUCUUCAACAAUAUAUUCUGUAUCCAUUUCAUUUUUCAUUAUUUAUUUAUUUCUAAUUUGUUAA